AUGAAUGCCUGCGAGGCGAGCAACUUUGACUACUUCCGGCGCGUGUGCGCGCGCGAUUUUGCCCUGUACUUCGAGAGUCCCUGGUGGGAGGGCGUCGUGCUGCGCUACGCCCACGCCGAGCCCAGCAUCUUCCACGCCGCCUUGUCGAUCAGCGUCAUGAGCCGGACCAAUUACCACCCGCCGAGUCCAGCGAGUCCGUUGUCGUCAUCGUCGUCAACGUCGUGGGACCAUCGUUAUCCAGGCCAACCCCACCCCCUCCACAACGCCGACCUCGACUCCGCCGCCGAGUACUGCCUGGCGCAGUACCUCCUGGCGAUCCGGCAGCUCAACGCCCGGCUGGACAGCUCGGUCGCGAGCGUCGAGCUGGCCGCCUUCGCCAGCAUCCUGUUCGUCUACAUCGAGGGCAUGCACGGGUCGACGCGGUCCAUGCACAUCCACCUCCGGGGCGGCCUGGCGCUCGUGCGGACCCUCGACGCGCGCAUGUCCCCCAACGUCGGGCAUCUCGGGUGGGCUCUGCGGCAGAUUCGGGAACAGGUCGAGCAGAUCGAGGCACGCGAGGGGACUUAG